GAGGCGGGGAAUCUUCCAUCGCCUCUUUCACACGAGAGAUGGAUUGAUCAAAUCCGAGUUGUACGUUAAAAAAUUCAAAAUUCACUCGUAGAUACAGAUCUAGAUCCACCCUCCCCUAGAAGAAACCCUGUUGAAGUUUGAAAGUUGCUUCACCGAAUCCCACUUCUCCUCAGGUUUUGUUGGGUUUAACGCUGUUACGUUACCAUGUCAAGGAGGGCGGUGAAUCCUGCUCGACGCUUUGCUGACAGUGGAAGCAUCCCUGGAGUGGGUUCAGGGCAUUCCAAACCACGCUCAUCACCAUGGCUGUCUGUUGGGCUUUUAAUUCUGGGUUCAGUUCUUCUGAUUGGCUAUUUGAAUAGAGCGUCAGGGGUCUUUACCAGGGAAAAAGAGGCUAUAAGUAAAGUUGAAGGUAAAGAAUUUGAAUAUCCAAUACAAUGGUCUAGUACAUUGUAAUUUGUGAGGUUGUUAUGAAAGACACAUCUUUAUUGGUUUAGUAAUAUCCACUGAAUAUUUGAACUUCAUAAUAUGCAUUUAAAUGCUUUUUUCAAAAUUUUGGAAGCUCAUUCUUUAACUCUUAAGCUCACAUGGAGGAUCAUUUGCUAUUGCUUACCUGUGUUUUUAGAUUAGCAUUUUAAAUAAUUUGGUGAAAUUUGUUUUGGGGUGACUCUUCAAAGCUAUAAUUGUCCUAAAGUUCCCAUGUCUGCAGUUAAGAGUUUGGCAGCACAUUGUUGGAGAUUCUGACAUUGUUUCUAGUUGGUAAAUUCAUUGUGACAAGGGAGAACUUGAGGUUGUUGAUAUUUCCAUGUAUCAUGUGUAUGUUAUAAGACUGGAGGUGGAGGAACUAGAAGCUCCAUAAUAAGAUAAGCUAAAGGCUACUGGUGAAGCAUGCAAAUUGUAAAUUCUA